UAACUUUAAAUGAUAGGAUCCCUUUAAAUGAUUUAAAUAUUUAAUUGUCUUUGGAAAAAAAGAGAGUCAAAAUUGCCUCUGCAACAACUAAAAAAAAAACUAAAAAGGGAAACAAAUCCUCAUCGAAUACAGUGAAUAUGGAAAAUGGGGAAUCAAUAUCAAACAAUACCAUUCUUGGAAUAAUUCUCGGAUUCAUUUUUGAAGAAAAAACAAGUAAUGGCAAAUUUUCCCAAGUUGUGUCCCCCUUUUUAUAAGAAAAGAAGACUCAGCAAUUGAGGUUUUUAGAGUGAGCAAGAACCUUGUGUAGCAAAAACCUUAAAUCCGUCAUCUAUGGGAAGUAUAAACUCUGUGGCUGAAGCUAAAACAGAGGAAGAUCCUUCGACAAAUCAGGGAGAUGGGGACGACGAAUCACCUAGAACCCUAAUUGAAGAUCAGAGAGAUGUGGAGGAAUCAAAAACCCUAAGUGAAGAUCAAGUAGAUGUGAAGGAAUCCAAAACCCUAAUUGAAGAUCAAGGAGAUGAGGAAGAAUCUAAAACCCUAGAUGAAGAUUUGGAUGAAACAGAGGAAGAGAGUGGAGAGUGCCCUUUAUGCCAGUUCAUAAAGGGAGGUGAGUGUAAAGAAGCAUUCACAGAAUUGGAGAAUUGUUGCGACGAAGCAAAGAAGAACAAUGAAGAUCACGUAAGUAAAUGUAAGGAGGCAAGACUCAUCUUUAAGACUUGCAUGUAUGAUAACCCUGUUUACUAUGAGCCCCUUCUUGCUGGUGAGGCUAGAGCGAUGGCCAAGAUGUUGAGCGAGUUGUUGAACGCGGAAAAGGAAGCUAUUAUGGCUGGUGAGCCUGCAGUCAUUGCGAGGGCGUUUAGCGGGUUGCAAGAAGAGAAUGCUGAGCCAAUUCUGCCUGCUGAAGCUGCAGCGAUCGGGAAGGCGUUUCGCGAGUUGGAAGCUGGAAAGAAGAAGGAGAAGGAAGCAGAGGGAUCCGAGGGUAAUGAGAGUGAUCAUCAGAAUCAGAAUUAGGUAAAGCUUUUUUUAUGAGCAUAUUGAGACUUACAUUGAUCUGAAUGAAAAUUCAAAUUUCGUUACUCUUAAUUUUGUUUAGGUGUGUCUUCUUAUAUACACCAUUGGUUAUGUAAUUUGGAUGCAUCUAUAAAAUACUGUCGUAAUCACCUUCUUCUACAAAAAACUAAGACCA